GUCUCGGUCACCAUAAAUGCACAGCAGAAGGGGAAGCUGAUACUCUUCACAAAAUUGAUUGUUUGGGGUUCUGCGGUGGUGAUACUCCCUGUUAAAGCAUCCUCUGCCCCGAGUGGGGGGAGCCAUUUCCGGAGCAAGAGAGCAUACCAUAUUCCUCAAUUCCUAAAGAUUCAAUAAAGCACAAAGUCUCUUCUAAAAAAAAAAAAGGAAAGAAAAGAAAAGAAAAGAAAAGAAAAGGGGGGGGGGAGAGAGAGAGAGAAAAGGCCCAGAGAACUACAACAACGGAAAAAAAAAAAAAAGCCAUCAAAAAGGAAUUUCAAAUGGCCCUUUACGCCUUCGGCUCCAACGGCUCCGGCCAACUCGGCCUUGGUCACAGGGAAGACGUUGCCUUCCCAACAAGAUGUCUCAUCAAAUGGGAGCCUAACUCGAUGGAUAAAGCUGCCACGAACGCGCCCCCCAAUAACUACAAUGACAACGUGCCAUUUUGCCUGGCCGCGGGAGGAAACCAUACUCUUGCCCUUUUCAGCUCUGGCGCAGUGUAUGCGGCGGGAUCGAAUGGGAACGGGAGAUGUGCAUAUGCCCCAGAAGACGCGGAAAUAUUACUCGAGUUUAGCCGGGUUGUUAUCUAUGAUGGCGAGCGGAAAGUUGACCGGUUUACCUCUGUGUCGGCUACAUGGGAAUCUUCUUGCUUUGUUGAAGCAGGCACUGGGUAUGUUUAUGUUGCAGGCACGGGGAUGAAAGGUGAAUUGGGCCUCGGAGAGAAUGUCACUGAAAUGAAUGUCCCGACACGGAUACCGAAUUUUCCGCCUAAGGGUACGGAGAUUGUUGGUAUUUCUGGUAGUGUUGGACACACUGUGGUGAUACUAUCUAAUGGGGAAGUAUAUGGCUGGGGCAAUGCGAGAAAAGGCCAACUUGGAGAAUCAGGAGUUAAAAAGAAGAUAUUUUGGUCUCCACAGAGAGUCAACGUUCCUUUCCAAGCAAGAAACGCCGCGUGUGGGAGGGAGUUUACUAUAAUUGUGGGGGAUGCAGAAGAAGGGUCCCUGGUGAUCCUUGGCUCAGAUAAAUGGGGGGUGCAGUCUGGAGCCCCAUCGACACUGAAGGGCUACAAUUCCGUCGCUGCAAGUUGGCAUGGUAUUUACAGUCACAAUUUCGAUGGGUCCAUUACUGCGUGGGGUCGGAAUGACCGCGGGCAGCUACCGCCGCCUGAUUUUCCCAGAGUCCCUUUGAUCGGAAUCGGAAGUGAACACGUCGUCGCUGCUAUCGACAACAAACGAGUAGUCGCUUUUGGAUGGGGUGAGCACGGAAACUGUGGCCCAGAGACUAACGAUCAAGGUAAUGUCGUGGGACGAUAUGCAAAAGUCCCACCCGCUGGUGGUGAAGGACUUAACAUUACUGCAGUCGGGGCGGGCUGCGCUACCAGCUGGCUUAUGACGGAGGAAAGACCUCAUGCCUUUGAGGAGCACUAACGAUGCGAUCAAUGACUGGGCCGAAAUCUUCCAGCGGAUGAUAAAUCCCAAUUGUGGAAUCCUCCGAGGACAGUUUAUCUUUCACCCGCUUGAGUCAAACAAUCCUCGUAUCUGCUAUGGUUAGCCCGUAUACCUGCAUAAAAAUGCAACAAUUCAGUGGAGAAGCGCC